UAAAAAGCGUUUUGAGUCAAACUAGAACAAACGAGGUGGUCUCAGACAACCGUACAACAAGGAAUUCCAAUUCAAAAAUAUCUGUCUUUUCGUCUCCAACUUCCUAAAAAUAGCUGUGUCAGUGCAACUAGCCAAGACCACCGAAGCACCAAAAUCAAUUACGUGUAUCACAAGGAACACAAUUGAACCCAUCAUCAUCAUCAUCACAAUCAUGAUGAGGCGUUCGCAUUUUCAGCAUGAUCAUGUCACAUGAAACAAGAAGAGUGACUUAUUAUGGGUCAAGUAUAAUCACGUUUUGCAUUGAUCAUGACUUUGAAUUACCAGCGUUUUGGAAGCUACCAUAACAAAAUGGAUAGUGAUAAUUAUUCAAAAGAGAAGGAGGGGAUGGUGUUGAACAUAGCUAUCAUGGUGGUAUCCAUGAUCGCCAUUGCAAUGGUCACCGUUUCUGUUGUUGCACACAUAGACGGUUCCAGACAAGAUGCAGGGAAGAAUGUGAAGACCCUUCUCUCCGUUUGCACCAAAACGGAGGAACCAGAAAUCUGUUUCCGCGUGUUGAAACACGUUGGUGAGACAGCCACGGUUUUGAAUUACGUGAAAGCUGCUAUUAAUGCAACCCUCACGGAAUUGUUGUUUGUGAUUAGGCCAAAACCUCGUCUUGAAAGGAGCCUCACGCUUCUGCAGCAAGAGUCAUAUAAAGAUUGUUUGGAACUGUUGAGUUUGGGAAAGGAAGAAUUAGGAUCUUUGUAUUUGAUGGCAAAUUUUUAUGUAGAUUUGAGCGAACUAAACUUAGAUGAUCUGUUGAAUAGCCUAAGUGCUGUCAUUUCGUACCAACACGCUUGUACUGAUGAAUUGAUUCGAAUAAAUAGCUAUGGGGUUUUGGGGUAUUCCUUGCAAGUUCCAAUUCUUCUCACAAGGAUAGCCUUGGCCAUUGUUGAUAAUUUCUCUGAGAGGCCUAAUAGCAGAGAACCACGACGGCUAGAAGAAUUUGCAAGGUGGUUCUCAGAAAGAGAGAGAAAAAUGAUAGAGUCCAAUCAAGGAGAUAAUGGUGGUGAACAAUGGCCAAUAAAUGUGGUUGUGGCUCAAGAUGGUAGUGGCCAUUUCUCAACCAUAGCUGACUCACUCAAUGCAUGCCCAAAGAAUAAAACGAUUGCAUGUGUUAUUUAUGUGAAAAGAGGUAAAUAUGAAGAGAGAGUCGUGAUUCCUAAGGGUGUAAAAGUGUUCAUGUAUGGUGAUGGACCUGCGCAUACCAUUGUCAGUGGUACCAACACAAGAGACCCCAGGAUAGUCACAACCUCCUUUCGAGCAGCUACUUUCGUGGUAAUGGGGAAAGGAUUCAUCUGCAAAGACAUGGGUUUCACUGCCCCAGCUGACAUUACAGGAGCACCAGCACUCCUAGUCCUUUCUGAUCACGCAGCAUUCUUCAACUGCAAAAUUGAUGGUAACGAAGGAACCUUGUACGCUGUAGCUCAACGCCAAUUCUACCGAGACUGUGAGAUUCUUGGCAGUGUGGACAUCAUCAAAGGAGACUCAGCAACUGUAAUUCAAAACUCACAAAUCAUACUGAAGCCUCGAAACUCCUCUGAUUUGGUUUUAAGAAGAAAUGUCAUGAGUGCUCAAUCCAGGUUAGACAAGUAUCAGACAACUGGGCUAGUGAUUCAAAACUGCACCAUCACAGCACAGAAAGAAAGCAUGAAUACUCUUAAUGCUACCACUUACUUGGGCUCCCCGUAUAGUGAAUACUCAAGAACAAUCAUAAUGGAAUCCUUUUUAGGAGAUGUGAUACAUCCAAAAGGUUGGUGUAAAUGGAGUGACAACUAUGGCAUCGAAACAGCAACAUUCUGGGAGUUUGAUAAUAGAGGGCCUGGGGCAAGAACUGACAAGAGGGUCAAGUGGAAUGGCUACAGUACAAUUUUUGAGAGAAACCAAAUGGUUAGUUACACAGUUGGUCGGUUUCUCCAAGCUGACCAAUGGUUGCUAAAUAGAGGCAUUCCAUACGAAUCUGGGUUUGUUGUACUGAAAUAGACUGUACUGGGACCUAGAAUAGAACCUUGUGUUUUCCCUGUGUGAAUAUCAUCUGCUAAGUUUCCACUUUGGUUUAGGAGGAAGUGAGGGAAAGAAAGUGAAAGGAAAAAAAAAAUGACAUGAUUUUUAAAAUUGUUUGGCUGUGUAACAAAUG